AUGAAGGCCUUCUCCAAGAAAUAUAAGGCAGAAUGGGCUCUCUUUUCUAGGUUUCUGCGUGAAACUAAUCCAAAGAACACUCCACCCGAAUUUGUUAUACGAGACUUCAAGGCAUCUGUUAAAAACAAACAUUCGUUAUCGACGAGACAAAGACAUCGCAUCAAUGAUAUGUGUAGCCAUCUCCAAAAAAGCCCCCAACUCUUCAAGAAUCUAACUCUGCAGAACACUAAACUUGGCGAAAUUAUAAAUAAAACUGCGUGCAAACGUCAGCAGACUCCCUCUGGUGACUCGGGGGCUUAUCGCAUAUUGUUAGAUAGAUACAACCAAUCCAUUGAUCCAGUCGUUACCAGGGAAAUUAAUAACGAGCAGGCCGAAUUACUGAUGAGACCUCGUGAUGAUGCUGUACCUACAAUGAAGAAAGACACUACGAAGCUUCCAGAUGAAAAAUCGUGUGUAACUACUGAAGAGAUCGAUGCUCUAAAAGUCUUCCUGAUAAACGCCAAGAAGUCGAGAGAUUUACAGAGAGAAUCGAUGUUUAAUGCUAAAAAGAUCUAUGAAUGGACUCAAAACAACAAACAGAAUCGAACUUUUGAAACUAAAACCUUCUUUACUCCUGUAUGUGUUCCGAAAACCCUGGUAGAUUCUAAGGUGGUGGUGUCUAAUGAUUUCCUGUUCCCAAUUGCAAACUCACAUUCAGAAAAGGAGUACAUGAUCAUGUAUAGAGAUGGUUCAACAUCAAAGUCAAGUGUAAACCCACUGGGUCCAAAGUAUAUUCCUCGUGAUAUGUUUACUAUCUUGAGUCAAUUAAGCGAUCCGGAGGUCUAUUCCAAGAAAAUUGCCAAACUGCAUAAGCAGAACUGGCAUUUAAUUGGAGGGGGUCUCCAGGAGGAUCAAUUACUGGUUUUUGAGAGAGAAAGUGACCGCAAAUCGAAAACUUUUAAACUCGGUAGAAACCUAUUAGGUGGUAUGGCUGCUGUAUUUGUCCUUAUAGUGCUGUAUCCCAUGCCCUUAACAAAAUUAUAA